AUGGUGUUGGCGCUAAAGAACCUCAUCACAUGGUGCAGAGAUCAACUUACCAUUGAUCAACUUUGUGGACUCUCCAAGUAUCAUGCUAUGGACUCAAAUUCAUAUGACCAGCUGGAUUGGAUGUUACUUGUCUUUGGUUGGUUUUACCUCAUGAUGGCAUUUGCUCAGUCAUUGCAUAAGCAAUAUCUGGGUACAACAAAAGGAAAGGGUCUGCAAACAUCAUUCAAUAUAAUGAAGCAGAAAGGCUUGCUUACCAUGUUGAUACGAGGGCCCUUCCACCACAAUUUGGAUGAGGCACUGAAGCACAUUGCUGAGGCUCAUAUCAUGCAUGGAUCAAGCAAUGCACUAAAUGCUAUGGAUUUACAGGGCCAAGACAUGUUGCAAUAUCUGCUCUUGGAUGAUGCCAUCAAACAUGGUGAUGUUGGGAUGAUGGAGGAUUUCCUACCUCAGCUACUGUUCUGCUUUCAAGAUGGUGGUAACUCCAAGUACAUGACUGAGGUAUUGGAGUUACUACAGGCACUUCAUUGGGAAUGGCCUGAGGAAGUAAAAAACUUUGUUCAUGAGAAUUGUUGGGUCCUCAACAUGGCUGGCAAGUCGAACUCAUAUGUUGCCAUUGAUCAAGUGCAGGAGUAUAACAUCAAGGACAUCAAUGUCACCUACCAUUCUGAGGGCCCAAAUAUCAAGUGGGAUUAUCUGAAGAAACUACAUCCGGCCAUUCCUGUUAUUUGGUCCUUGUCAGAGCACAUUGAAAAGCAGUUUGGAACACUGACUCGAGGCAAGAAACACACAAUACCAAAGAAGAAAAAAGAUGUCGAGACUCUCACAAAACUCUUUUGGGACUCUAAAUAUCAUGACUUCAAGGCCAGGCAGAAAUUACAGGCAGACAAGAAUAAGGCAAGAGAUUAUAUUGGCGAUGGUAUAACAAAGCUGUGGGAUGGUCAGGCAAUGGCAAACUGGGUCAAAAACUGA